AUGUUUUCUCGUUUUACUCCUCUUGAGGUUAAUGUGAAAUAUCACCGAGAUGAGAGUGAACUAUUCAUAGAUCCUUUAUUGUAUCGGCAACUUGUAGAUAGUCUUAAUUAUUUGACAAUUACUCGACCUGACAUAUCAUUUGUUGUUCAACAAGUAAAUCAGUUCAUGCACUCUCCUUGCCACUUUCACUUGACAGCAAUCCAUCGCAUAAUUCGCUAUUUGCUAGGUACCUCUCAACGAGGUAUCUUCUUUCCCAUUGGCACAGUUCCCAAAUUGAUUGCCUAUAGUGAUGCUAAUUGGACUGGUUGUCUCGACACUCGACGAUUAGUCACCGAUUGGUGCGUGUUUCUCGGUUCUUCAUUGAUAUCAUGGAAAAAGCUGACGUCUCUCUAUGCCGACAAUACAAGUACUAUUCAAAUUGUUGCAAUUCCCGUUUUCGAUGAGCGCACCAAACAUAUUGAAGUAGAUUGUCACUAUCCAUGA